AUGGUAGGAAAGGCUAGAUCUUCCAAUUUUACCUUGUCUGAAAAGCUUGAUUUGCUAAACCUUGUGAAGCCAUAUGUGAAAAUUCUCGAAGAACACACUAAUAAAAAUUCAGUAAUAGUGGAAAAGAAUAGAUGUUGGGAUGUCAUAGCAGUUAACUAUAAUGCAAUUGGAGUAGAUCGCCCUCCUCGAACAGCUCAGGGCCUACGCAGCCUUUACAAAAGGCUCAAAGAAUAUGCCAAACAGGAGCUAUUGCAGCAGAAGGAGGCCCAAUCUGACUUUAAAAGCAAUAUUUCCGAGCCAACUAAGAAAGUUAUGGAGAUGCUUCCCCAGAUUUCCAGCUUUUGCCUGAUAAGAGACAGGAACCACACACAAAGUGCAACCUUGGAUGAGGCUGCCCAAGCUGGAACCGGUCCUCUGCAGGUGACGGUGGAUCACCGUCCUGUUGCUAUUACUGUAGAGGUGAAGCAAGAAGAAGACGUUAAACUGUCUCCUCCAUUGUUUUCAAAUCCUCAACACAAUGAUACCUUAGAGCAAAGAGAAGAGCAGGAAUUAAUACAUGUUAUGGAAGGAUCCCUGUCUCCAUCACUUUCUUCUGUUGAUAUGAGAAUGACAUCAUCUCUGUCUUCUAUUCCAAGGAGAGAUGGUAUUUUUCAUCAUGACAGUGGAGAACACUUUAGGUCUCUGCUAAGAUGUGACCCUCAGGUCCUGCAAAUGUUAAAAGAGGAACACCAGAUAAUUUUAGAAAAUCAAAAGAAUUUUGGAUUGUAUGUUCAGGAGAAGAGGGACGGAUUGAAAAGAAGGCAGCGGCUAGAGGAGGAGCUGCUAAGAGCAAAGAUUGAAGUAGAGCAGCUGAAAGCGACUCGCUUACGGCAUGAUCUGCCUGAGUAUAGCAGUAUCUAAGACGUUUUUCAGUCUUGCAAUUUGAUAAUUUUAAUUUUGGAGUAUCACGAAGCUCAGCACAUGUUCUAUAAAAAUGUUAAUCUCUCUCUUAUAAAAAAGAUUUUGACAUGAUUUUCUUUUUCUUUC